AUGAAUAUGUUGGAUGAUGAAGAUGACCAAAGCUUUCACGCUACGCGUGACGGCUACUCCCAUUUGAGCGAUGUCGAAUGGGAUGCGGUUGAACGAAUGGGUUCGACCAUGGGCAUCCAUGCUGUUAGCGUCAUGCUAGAGGCUCUCAAUAGAGAUGCCCAACAUGCUACUAUCGCCAAGUUCAUUCAAAAUGAACUUGACGCUGAACGCGAGAAAGUAGCCUUGCUUCACCAACAAGGUUCUCAACAAGCAGAGUUGUUGAGAGAACAAGGUGCUCAACAGUUUGAACUGUUGAGACAGCAGCAGGCUGCUGCUGGCGGGUCGAUGCACUCGCGUCGGCCCGAGACUUUGAAGAUUGACAUCUCCAAGUAUAGGGGGGUCGAAGAAGAUUCCCUCUUGAGAUGGUUCGUCGAAUUGGAUGACGCCAUAAGGGCGCGUCGCAUCGACGACGGGGAUAUGCAAGUUGCAUUUGCCCAGUCAAAUCUGGCAGGACGUGCCAAGACUUGGGCACUGGGGCUCAAGCUGCACGACCCAUAUGCGUUUGGGUCGUUGGAAGUCUUCAGUCGCGGCUCAGACAAACGUUUGAACCGCCUAGAGCUGAGUUCAGAGCUCGAACCGAACUCUUGA